GCGCCGCUAACAUACGUCCUUCAUUGUUCGAGUCGACACGCCUUCACCUCGCUCUCCUCACCCACCACCACCACAUCCCCUGGAUUCGAAGGAAACAUGGAAGUGGACACGGUCCUUUCGCUCAGAACGGAACGAUUCCCACAAGAAAUCUUCGAGACAGUCAUCGACAACAUCGACACCAAUGUGGGCCUGCACAGCGCCACCCUCGUCUGCCGCUCUUGGCUUCCUCGCGCAUCGCUGCAUCUUCUCCGCUCUACUUCCGUGAACUAUAUAGGGCGUCCGGAAUGGUGGUCAAACUCGCCCGACGGCAUCGAGACGUGGCGCGCGUGCGAGCAGUUCCUCGCGGCCGUGAAGACGUCCGAGCGCCUGCAGCGCUACGUGCAGGAGGUCGUCGUCGUCAACGCGUGGACGUGCACGCCGAAGGUCAUCGCGCUCAUCAUCGGCGAAGUUCCGCACCUAGAGAGCCUGUUUCUGCGUGGCAAUUGCGACACUACUACCCCCGCGGCGCUGGCCGCUCCCGAGGUGCCGGUGUCGUUCAGUGGCACGCUGCGCUUGGACUUGUGCUCCCCGCCUGUGCUCGUAUACAUCCUGCGGGCAUUCACUCGUCUGAAAUACCUGCGUCUGAACCCGGUGUUCGACGUGCACUGGGCGCCACAGAUAAAACUUUCCCCGUGGCGUACACGCGUGGAGCAGCUUACACUAGAAGGCAUCGAUUUUUACACCGUGGUGGUAAUAGAGACAUACAUAGACCACAAUACCUUGCAAAAUGUCACGCUCUUGGGCCCGGACGAGUGGGACCCCGACGGCGUGGAGAUGGCGAUUCCUACAUUCACCAAAACUCUUAUCAGGUUCAAAGACGGCAUCACCUCCCUGUCUAUUAACUCGGGUUAUUACAAUUGGGCCCCCUUUGGGGUGUUCGCACUGCUUUAUCUCAAUUCUCUGACAACCCUUGAGCUAGUAAUCCCAUCCUGCUUCGAAGGGCUCUCACAUUUGCGCUAUUUCUUCGCCGAGUGGCGCAAAGAUAUAACCAAGUCGAUCCGCAGCCUCCAUUUCGUCAGCACGCCGGCGACAUUCUAUGGUGCCGUGGACGGUCCCGGCCUGACUCUUUGCGAUUCGGGCGUUCUGGAAUAUCUCAAUUCCGGCUGCUCGGUGGAUUCUGUCACUUGGACGCUCGUCAUGAAGCAGGCGCGGCCUUCACUGAGGAAUGCGGUCCUGGCGGAGUGCCAGAGGCGUCUUGAGAUUAUCUUCCCCGAGUAUUUACGGGGACACAUCUCUUUCAAAUCGCGAUCAACGUGGGAGCAAUGAGGGCCGGGUAUGCAUUAAGCCAUAUAUUUUCGUCUGCGACUGGAUGUUUUCCUUUCAAUGUCUGUAACAAAGUAUCGCGUACCAUGGUAUAGAAGUUAGC